AAAAAAAACUUAGAGUAGGGGGGAAUUGUGUAAAUUACCUCACCUUCUUUCUAAUUGCAUACUACCCCUUUAACCCCGAACUGACGAAACAGAACCAGGUGUAGAUUCGAAGCUUCAAUGGCGGCUCGCUCGAUCUUCCACUUUCUCACUCGAGGCCAAAGAACUCGCUUCAGAUCCCUCUCCUCGUCGAGCGAAAUUAUUGUCGAGGUAUCUCAUGUUCCUAUAGAGGAAGAAAAAGACGGUGGAAAUGGAGAAGCCGAUGAUGACCUAAAGAGCAGAAUAUUCAGGCUCAGACUCCCCAAGCGCAGCGCCACAAACGUCCUCCAGAAAUGGGCCUCCGAAGGCCGCGAAAUUACCGUCUCUGACCUCCGACACAUCUCCAGAGAACUCCGGAAUUCUCGACACUUCAAGCACGCUCUUGAGAUAUCAGAAUGGAUGGUAAGUCAUGAAGAGUUUGAGGUAUCAGACUCCGACUAUGCAGUCCGCAUUGACUUGAUGACGAAAGUGUUCGGUAUUGACGCUGCCGAGCGAUACUUUGAAGGUCUCCCUCUCACUGCAAAAACUAGUGAAACCUACACCGCUCUGCUUCACUCUUAUGCUGCUGCAAAACUUAUUGAAAAGGCUGAGGCACUUUAUGAGAGAGCAAAAGAAGCAAAUCUUUCUUUGAGUGCCCUCACUUACAAUGAGAUGAUGACCUUGUACAUGUCAGUUGGGCAAGUGGAGAAGGUUCCUUCUGUUAUCAAAGAACUCAAAUCCCGAAAGGUUGCCCCAGAUUUGUUCACUUAUAAUCUGUGGAUAAGUUCAUGUGCCGCAACAAUGGACAUCGAUGGAGUCAAAAGUAUUCUUGCUGAAAUAAUUCGUGACUUUGCCUCUAAUGAAGGUUGGGUGAGGUAUGCCAACUUAGUGAACAUUUAUAUUACUUCGGGUCACCUUGUGAAUUUGGACCCAAACUGUCUUGUUGAAAGUGAAAAGGGUAUCAUUACACAAAGAGAGUGGAUAACUUAUGACUUCCUUAUUAUAUUGUAUGCUGGCUUGGGGAAUAAAGAGAAACUUGAUAAGGUCUGGAAAUCCUUGAGGAUGACGAAACAGAAAAUGACAAGUAGGAAUUAUUUGUGUGUUCUUUCAUCGUAUCUCAUGCUAGGGCAGUUGAGGGAGGCAGGAGAAGUUAUUGACCAAUGGAUACAAUCUGCUGCAGCAGAUUUUGAUGUCUCUACGUGUGACAGGCUUUUGAAAGCAUUUAAAGAUGCCGGGUUGGUGGAAACAGGCGAAACUCUUCGCAUGCUUCUGAUUGAGAAGGGCUGCACUACUAACAUAGAUGAGUAAAAGCAAGAGGCAGGCCUGAGUUUCGGAUGACUCGAGGACAAUGCACCGGAGAGCAAUUUUUUGGAAUUUUGUACACUUGGGAGAGAAAAUAAGGAUGCUUGCAAUGUUUGUGCAUCUGAAAGGAUUAACAUGGUGAAGUAUUCAAACAAUAGCAGCUUGGAAUCUGUUCUUUGCUUCUCAUAUUCGUGGCCCUGGAUCUAAAUUUUGGAACUCAAGUAAUUUGAUUGUUUUCCUUCUUUUUC